AUGGCUCAGCCUGGAGACGUUCGGCUGAUUAAUGCCGGUUUCUGGGACAUUGAAUUGCACAACUACUUGUCUAGUUCUUCGGGAAUGCAUGGUUACAAUUAUACAUCACAUCCUAUACUGCCCCCAUCAUUACCCCAGACACCUUGGGAGCUUGAAAAAAGUGAUACGGGCCUCCUUGACUACUUUCAAUCCGUGGCAUUCAACAGCCUAGCAGCUUUUGGACAAGAUCGUCAGGAGCUACGAGAUAUUUUACUUAGACUAGCAUUGUCGAAUUGUUCCUCGGCCUCAAAUGCUGUACUCCAGGCUACUUUGGCUUACUCAUCACUUCAUCGAUACGGCUUGAAGAUGGAAGCUGCGCAGCUCAAACUCCGCGCUAUCCAGGAGCUUGAGUCUGCUAGCCAAAAUGGUAUCGACGUUGUAGAAGGAAUCCAACACAUGGCAGCUGGAAUGAUUCUGUGCUACUUCGAGAUUGAGGAUAUAGAUGCAACAUCUAUCCAAUGGCUAUGGUACGUAUGCGGGUCUAAGCACCUUAUGGAGGCAAUCGAUGCUGCGGAUCAUCCACGGGCAACGGAAUUUUCGAUUAUAGGUGACUGGGUCGACUAUCACGUGGUCGUCGGCCAGUUUAGCAUCCGACACUGGCACAAGAUGUCACUGGAUGAUGUAUACUCGCAGCAUUAUAGUAGCGCCCUAGCAGAAAGACCAAGGGUGUGCCAGAAGAAGCCGAUAGAAGGUGUUGCAAGUUGUUCGCAUGAGAUUCUUCGACUCUUAUACGAGCUAUUCAAAACUACUUUGAAACCAAGUGAUCCAGGAUACCAUACCCGCGAAUACACGCAAUCAUUAAAAAGUCUUGGAGAGAGGAUUCGAGGUGUUCAGACAAACAUUAACUCCAGCAGAGGUGCCCCACAGAAUGACAUAGAACCGCAUGCAACGGUAGUCGAGCUUUACAAGUUGGCUAGCUUGAUAUAUUUGGAACGAGUAUCUUCAAAUUUCUCGGGCCAGUCCAACAUGAUCAGCUCACAUGCGGAGCGGGCAUUCCAACUUCUCGAAACCAUUAAAGAUGGCCAAGUGCCAUUCCCACUGUUUGUUUUAGGAUGUGAAGCAAAGACUGAGGGUCGUAGGAUCUUGAUCCUGGAUCUUAUAGAAAAGGCAGGAAAGAUCUCACGCUCAAGAAGCUUAGCAGGAUUGCAUCGCAUGGUACAAGCGGCCUGGACUCAAGACGACCUUGUCGAGCAUGAUAACGAUCUGGAUUAUGUUCUGAAGUUGGAUGCUAUAAUUACUUCCAACAAUAUUAUACCUACUUUUGCGUAG